CGCCCACCCGUAGUCCACGCACCAGAGUGGUACAGCCUCGUCCGGAUACCCGCAGAUGUCUCCAUGUGAAGGAGAGAGAGGUCGUAUACAUUGCAGAAAGGUUCCUGAAAACAUUUGGGACAGUUGCGACACUGCAUGCUGCGGCGCCACGGGAGGCACGAAUCGGCCUGCACACCUGCUGGGACUCGGCCUGCCACUUACAGGCAUAG